UGAGCCUUUCGCUGUGAUGCUGGAGCAGUGCUGAGAGCAGAGGGAUGCGCAACUGAACCUGAAAGCUCCUGACUCAGUACUGAGAGAGAAGCUUUAGAGAACUACAACACCUCCGAGCCGUCUUCUGAAGAAAAACACAAAAAGAGAGAGAGAUUUCUGUUAGAUACAAGUCAGUGGUUUCCUCUCAACAAGACAGAAUAGAAACUACACAGUGCACUCAUGCACUCCGAUGGAAGCUAGAGCCCAAAGAGAGGCACCGUGGUUCUCUUUCAGGUCCUCUUCUGGGAAUGGUGACGAACUGCUGGAAGCCGCCGUCUGAGAGUCUGCAGCCUUCUCUUAGUACAAGAUGCCUGUGAUGAAGGGCCUCCUUGCUCCACAAAACACCUUCCUGGAUACCAUUGCAAACCACUUUGAUGGAACUCACAGUAACUUCCUACUGGGAAACGCUCAGGGUCGCUAUGGCUACCCCAUCGUGUACUGCUCUGAUGGCUUUUGCGAGCUGACCGGCUUUGUUCGGACUGAGGUGAUGCAGAAAAUGUGCACCUGCAGCUUUCUCCACGGGGCCGAAACCAAUGAAAGUGUGAUCCAACAGGUAGACAAAGCUCUGGAGGGACAGCAGGAGUACCAGGGAGAAGUUUGCUUCUAUAAGAAAACUGGAAAUGCAUUUUGGUGCCUCCUGGAUAUCGUGCCAAUUAAAAAUGAGAAAGGUGAGGUGGUGCUGUUCCUGUUAUCCUUCAAAGACAUCAGUGAAUCCUAUGGGAAAAGCCAUCACUACGCCCAAGGAGAUGGUAUGUCAGACGCUGCUCACCAGAGCAGGAAAAGCAACCACUCACACUUUUCCCAAGCUCGAGAGAGGGGGAGGACUAUUCUGCACCACCUGACCAACCUGUUCACCAAGAGGGGCAAGAGGAAACUGACCAAUAGUGUGUUCCAGAAACCGUCUCUACCCGAGUACAAGGUUGCAGCAGUGAAGAAGUCACGUUUCAUCCUGCUGCACUACAGCAUCUCCAAGGCCUUAUGGGACUGGUUAAUCCUGCUGGCGACCUUCUACGUUGCUGUCACUGUGCCUUAUGACGUCUGCUUUGUCAGUCAUGACGAGGGCAGUGACCAUCACUCACCCGUCAGUCACAGCACGAUUGGCAGUGACAUAGCAGUGGAGAUGCUCUUCAUACUUGAUAUUAUUCUGAAUUUCCGCACCACCUAUGUGAGUCAGUCGGGUCAGGUAGUGUACGACGCCCGAUCCAUCUACCUCCAUUACUGCACCACCUGGUUCUUUGUGGAUCUGAUCGCAGCUUUGCCCUUCGACCUUCUCUAUGCUUUCAACAUCACAGUGACCUCCCUCGUACAUUUGUUGAAGACAGUUCGUCUGCUGCGUCUGCUGCGCCUGUUACAGAAACUGGACCGCUACUCCCAGUAUAGCGCCGUUGUCCUGACCCUGCUCAUGUCUGUGUUCGCUCUGCUGGCUCACUGGAUGGCUUGUGUCUGGUACGUCAUCGGACGCAAGGAGAUAGAGAGCAGUGACCCCGUUACCUGGGACAUAGGCUGGCUUCAGGAGUUGGGAAAGCGUCUGGAGAUGCCAUACAUCAACAGCACCAUGGGUGGUCCCACCAUGCCUAGCGCCUAUAUCGCCUCUCUCUACUUCACCCUCAGUAGCCUUACCAGUGUUGGUUUUGGCAAUGUGUGUGCCAAUACAGACGCCGAGAAAAUCUUCUCCAUCUGCAUAAUGCUCGUGGGUGCCCUGAUGCAUGCAGUGGUCUUCGGCAACGUAACAGCCAUCAUUCAGCGCAUGUACUCACGGCGCUCACUCUAUCACACCCGAAUGAAGGAUCUGAAGGACUUCAUCCGUGUGCAUCGGCUACCUCAACAGCUGAAGCAGAGGAUGCUGGAGUACUUUCAGGCCACCUGGUCAGUCAACAAUGGUAUCAACGCCAAUGAGUUGCUGCACGACUUCCCAGAUGAACUUCGAGCUGACAUUGCCAUGCAUCUGAACAAAGACAUCCUACAGCUUCCUGUGUUCGAACGGGCAAGCAGAGGGUGUCUGCGCUCCCUCUCCCUGCACAUCAAGACCUCCUUCUGUGCGCCAGGAGAAUACCUUAUCCGGCAUGGAGAUGCCCUACAAGCCAACUAUUUUGUCUGUUCAGGUUCCCUGGAAGUUUUGAAAGAUGGCAUGGUCCUAGCCAUCCUAGGCAAAGGAGACCUCAUUGGGGCUGAUCUCCCGGAACAUGAUCAGGUGAUCAAGACCAACGCAGACGUGAAGGCUCUGACCUACUGUGAUUUGCAGUACAUCAGUGUUAGGGCUUUGAGGGAUGUCCUUGGGCUGUACCCAGAGUACGGCAGUCGGUUCAGCUCUGACAUCCACCACAACCUCACCUACAACUUGAGAGAGGGCAGUGAAGCUGACGGAGUAACAAGGUUCCCAUGGACUCCCAGGUUGUCUCAGGGUCAAGUUUCUAUGGACCAUAAACUACCCUAUAUCAUUGAGGCAGAUGAUGCAGAAAAUGAAGAAGACAUGAGACACUCUCAGCAGAGGAGAGUGCCUCUGCUGCAGAGAAUGGGCAGCCCCGUUCGUCAGCCCUGCCUCAGCACCCUGUUAGGGGAGGAGCUCCGCCACAUCAACGCGCUCCGCCUCUGUCGGUCGCCUGUUCAAGGUGGUAGAGGCCGCAGCCUCUCUCCUCAGGCAUUCACCAAUGAGGAGAUCUCUCCGUCUCCUUUACCCAGUCUUAGCAGUGACAUGGGCUUGAAUCAUCGGCCUGCCAAGCUGCUCAUGCCAUCCUUGCCUUGUGUUAGUCCACUGAAUCUUAGCCCCAGGGUCGUGGAUGGAAUUGAGGACAAUGGACACACAUUUCAGUUUAAUGUAGAGCAGAGUGAAGAAAAGACUAAUGCAACAGAUCGGUUACAACUGAGUGCCAACCUGCUUUUGGAAACGGAGGAAGUGAGACAAAACGUAAGCAAAUUGAACAAAGAGGUGAACAACUUGAACCAAGAAGUAUCCAACCUCGCUAAGGAGCUCCAUGACAUGAUGCAUUACCUACAGUCUCACAUGGCCAUGAUCCAUUAUCCCUCUCCAGUUUCCUCAUAUUCCUAUGGCAUGCAGAUGGUUCCCAAUCCUAAUGUGACUGCUUCCAGCGACUGGAACCAGUCCCAUGUACCUUUAAAUAUAGCCACUGGGCUGCACCUCCACCAUGAAGCAAUUAGCCACCCUGCCAGAAAUGUGUGGGGCUGCACUGGGAUGCCCUCCCAAGGCAGAAGUCCCACCUUGCUGCACUCUUCUAGCCCUAUGUCAUCCUGUUUACACUUGUGCUGCUCUGACAGAGAAGGGGCUGCAGUUCACAGACUACAGAGCCAGUGUGGCCCCUUCCAAACCUCCAGAACAACGCCAAACUCUCCUUAUAUGACCCACUCUCAUGGCCAAGCAGGUCCAUCCCUCUUGAGCAUCAGUUCUGCCUUCAGUAGCUUCCCUGUGAUUUGUCAGGCUCCACAGGGGGCCUACAAUGCCUCCAUUCCCACAAUGAGCAACUCUCACUCCCUAUGUUCCCCAGUAAAUUCUGGCUACACCCAUCCCUCUCUGAGUGUUCAAAUCACCUCCGAUCCCACACAUAAUCAGGCCAGGUCCCAAACACCCAUCCAUUCCUCCAUCACUCCCACUGGCCAGCCACAGUAUCACACUGCCUUCAGCUCUCUCUCCCCCUCAGGAGUCCACACAUCAAUAUGCACAGGGCACAUCCCGAGCCAGCAGAGCUCUAUCAAUAGUCCCAGACAAAAUGACCCAGUAGGAUCCAGCUCUAACCACCACACGCAGGAAGCUGCAUGUUCUCUGUUGGGCCAGGUGACAGACAGAGACUGUAGAGCUUCACUGUAUCAAGAGAGGACAGACAUUAGUGAAUCACAGGACACGAGCUGCAGUAUUCCAACCACAGAAAUUCAACCAACUCUCUUGGACAUGGAGGGAAUUCAAAACCCCCUCUGAUGACAUCAGUAUCUUAUUGUGAUGAUAAUGGUAUUGUACCAUAUUGUACUAUUUAAAGGAAAGUUUCCAUUUAAUAAAAUCAUCUGUUCCUAAAUGCAUGAACAGCUGUUGAAACCCUA